CUAUGUCAGCCCUACUUGCCCAACCCGCGAACCAACCCAAUAAUUGACCCAUCCCCAAACCCGAGAUCCGACCCCCUUGAACUCAGAACUCAAGUUGAAAACACCAUUGAAGGAUUCCCUACUUUAUAUGCUACACAAUCAAUCCACCAGAAUUCUAAUAAACGGAGCAGAAUUCAACUUCGGCGCUGCAAUAGUUGUCAGCAACCAAACAACAACCACAACACAAUAAAACCUAGCGAUGAUGGGCCAAAAGAAGAGGGAGAAAGUUCAACUACCAGCGGCAAAGUGAAGCGAUAAGCGAGGGUGGAUCUCUCCAUUUUCUUCUCUGCGAGGCGAAUAGUACAGAGCCAAGAGUCCUCCCAGUAACAAAACAGGGAAACGAACGCUACCCGGAGAGACAAAUAAAUCGAAUGAGAGGGUUGCGGGAUAUGGAUUCUCCGGUUCAACGAAUUGGAUCACUUUCUAGGAGCAAACUCUCUUCCCUGAUCUAACUCACUACGCCAACACUGCCACAAACAGGUUUAGAUUCAAACGAAAAAUCCUCCUCCUCCUCCAUGGAAUUGGGUUGGAAGUUCAUGGACGAUCCACUGGUAUUGACUGAUCUGGAUGGCAGCCACUUCACUCAACCUUCACCUUUGACAAGAACAGAAGGAGACACAAAACCCAGAUCUGAAAUCAACCACUAUUUCAAAAGACACAAGGAGACACAACCUGCAAUCCCAAAAUCCUCGAUCGACAAAGGAAGACGUGAGCGGCAGAGACGAGGGAGAGAGGGAAUCGAUGGGAUGGGAUGGUCGAUUGGAUCGUCGUGUGUUUCUAUCUGUUGCUACUGUCGCUGCGCUGUGAUGUGCUGCUACUGGGCCGCUGUCGAUGUGUUGCUGCCUGUGAUGGGGUCGUCGUUUUUUAGUGUUAAAAUAUGCUUACUGUGAUUUUCUGUUAGCCACGUCAUCACUUAACGGUCGUCAUUAACGAAGUCUAACGGAGGUUAACGGAGAGUGACUGAACUUGGACUGUUCAACUAAUUUAAGUGACUAUAAAUGGAAUAAAUCAAUUUGAGUGGCAAACGUGAAAUUUUUUAGCAAUUCGAGUGACCAAACUUGCAAUUAAGCCCUUUUUUAAUUAAAAACAUAUAAUAGCAGGGAGGAAAAAACCCUUCCCCCAUUUCAAAUUCCCUGCUCCAGUAGCGUUUGUAGGAAGGGUAGAAUAGGGAGUGUCAAUUUUUCUCUCUUUCCUCUGUGGAACGGGCCAACUUACCGUACAAAUGCAGGUUUAAACGGGACCAGGAGUGUCCAUUUUUUUCUUUAAACCCUUUUAUUUCUCCAUGGUAAUAAAAUAUAUAUGAAAAGGCAAAAACAAUACUUCUUUUUAUUGCUAAAACUAAAAAAUUUAACAAUAAACUAAUGCAUGGUAUCUAAUGGGCUAACCGCUAACCAUAAAAUAAAAGAGUUGAAUGGGCCUGACCUACACGGGAUUUGGCCAUCAAGUAAAACAAAUGAACAUCAUUGGUUUGAGAUUCUAAAACAAGUUAUUUUCUCUGGCAUAAUAUAUAUUAUGCUAUUAUUUUAUAUCUUAGUGGCUAAAAUAUAAUGUAUUUUAAAUUUAUUCAAUGGUUCAACCUCGACCAACCCAAUUAGUUCAAUUUUUAUCAUUUCAAAUAUAUAUUAUAUAAUUAUUUGAUAUCAUAAUGAUCAAAUUAUAGUGUAUUUUAUAGGGAAUCGUUUGGUAUUUGUUAGUAAAAAACUAAACAGAAAGAUCUAUUUGGUUAUUUUAAAUAUUAAAAUGAUCCUAAACAUUUUCAGUUCCUUUUGAAUUUCUAUGGUUUUAUUCCCGAAUAAGUGAUGUGCAAAUGGCGAAUUGCAGUCAUCUCUUUUCUUUCACUAUUUUUUAUUUUCAAAUAGAAAGUUUAAAAGUAAAGAAUAAUUAGAAUUUGGCACGGGUCGGUCAAAACGGCUGAAUUUCAAGUUUUGGCCCGUUUUGAUCAAGUCUAAUUUAUAAUCACAUGGUUCCUUGAUACCCAAUAAAAAUCUCAAUCCAAACCAGUUUGGCAGGUGAGUCCGUGUUUACCACCAUUUUCUAGGGAUACGACAACGGCGGUUCCUAUCCCAAAUCGUGUUGUUCGUUCUUGAUUUCCUUAGAUUUUAUCAUGGCUUGACGAAAACCAGAAAGCACAAUGAUGACAAGAUGAAAGUUUUAUAAAGCAAAUUAAUCGGC